UAGAGUUAUAUGUUCAAAUAGUUGUCAUAGCAACGUCGCAAAACAUUUAUGGUGAUUAAUUUCACACCAAAACAUGUGUUGUUAUUAUGUUUUUAGUAAUUUCAAAAAAUCUAAUUAUCAGAUAUUAAAAAAUUGGACAUAUUUAUUUAAAUGAUGUUUAUGAAAUGGUGUUAAGCAAUUUAAAAUGCAAACAAGUAAAACUCCAUUGCCGUCUCUAUGUUUAAGUUCAAGAUUACAAAGAGAAGAAAAUUAUGUCCCUGGAAUUAAAUCGGAUAAAAAAGAACAUUCUAAAAGUGCUGCAUUUUUAUUAAGCAACAGAAAGCAAUUAAAUUCAUUGAAUGGAGGUCCAUAUAAUUCUAGAAAUCGAUGUUACGUGCAGCCAAUUCAUUUAAAACAAUCAAAUAAAAGUGCGUUCAUACAAAAAGUUGUGUCUGCAAAAAUGUUGCAGAUUAAAGCUCUUCAAAAUGAAUUAACAGAUGCGCAUUAUCAUCUGAAUGAAUUAGCUAAUGAAAAUAGACUUUUAAAGACAUUGCAAACUAGACAAGAUUCAGCAUUGAGAAAAUAUGAAGGAACAAAUGCAGAAUUGCCUAGAAUAAUAAAUACUCAUCAUGAAGAAUUAAGAGUACUGCAAACUAAAUAUAAAAAAUUAAAGUCCCAAUAUAGAAGUAAUUGCGAAUUGUUAAAGGAAAAGGAUGUUAAAAUUCAUAUAAUUCAGGAUCAAAAUAAACAUUUAUUAAAAUUAAGUAAAGAUCGAAAUUUAGAAGAAAGAGAAAGUUUGCAACGAAAGACAUCGGAUUUAAUUUUUAAGAUUGAACAGCAAGAUAAAACUAUUAAUACAUUAAAUAGAAAGUUAGCUAUAGAGACUAAACAUUUAAAGCAUCAGUUACAUUUAGAAGUUAUAAAGCAUAAGGAAACACAAAAAAAGUUGCAGGAAACUUUUAACAAAUUGAAAUCAACAGAGGAACUUCUUGAAAAUAAAGAAAAAAAAUUGUUACAUGGAAAACAUUUUAAUUUAAUUCGUACAAUGCAAAAUAUUAAAUCAACAUCUCAUCCUAAUUUAGAUAAUAAUAGAUUAGGUAAUUCAGAUGGAGAUAAUUUUAACACUCCAAAAGUUUCUUUAAAUAAUUUAGAAAACAAAAAAGACUCUUUAAUAAUAGAAGAUGUAGAAAAAUUUAUUCAACAAUUAAAUUUAUCAAAAAUUUCAAAUAGAAUGGAUUCAAUUGCAACUAUUUCUCAAUGUCACAUUACUGAAAUAAUAGAACAUAAUAAAGACAAUAAUUAUUUAACUCAGGAAAGUUUUGAAAGAAGUAAUGAAAAUAAAAUUGUAAUUAGUAAACAAGAUAAUGGAAUGGACAACAAUUCAUAUAAUAUGAAUGAUAAUUAUGUUAAUAAUGAAAUAAAGGAUUCAGAAAUUUCAUUAAUUACUACAACUGAAUCAGUCAGCUCAUUGCAAAAUAAUGAUUCAAAUUCACCGCGAAAAGAAAAAUUACAUUUAAAAUAUUCAAUAAGUGAAGAAUCAGAACCAGAAGAUUUUGCAGAUGAAUUAAAUGAUGAAAUUAAAAGUGAAAUUUGUAAUUCUGUAAAAACUACAAACAAUACAACGGAGACUUUAGUUUUUCAAAAAAAAAAUAAUUAUGAUAAAGAAAGAUUACUAGCGGCAAUGAAAGCAAUUGAUGAUAAUGAAAAUAUUGAAUAGGAUUAGUCGGAAUCACUAAACUAGUCACAAGUUAUGAUUACUGGAAAGGAAGUAAAGUUAAAAUACUUUCUGUCACUUCUUUCAUUGGAAAAGUCAAAAGAAUAAAAGUCACAGAUUCAUCUGUUAAAAUGUAUUUUAAUGUAAAUAAAUUUUGCAAGAAUUAAAAAUUUUAAUAAUUUUAUUUAUUUUUAUUACCGAAUAAAAAAUCAAAAAAUUUUAAAGUCACAAAUUGGUUUAAUAUAAUAAUAUAUACCAAAAGAUUGAAAAUUACAUCAAUAUUGACAAUAAAAAUAAUUAAUUUUCUCUUUUAGCUAACUAAAUAACAUCAAUAAUAAUAAUUAACAAUUUUUUUUUUUUUUUUUAAUGAAAAAUUUGAAAGUUUACAAAAUUAACAAAAAUUAAAUAUUUAAUUAUCAUUAUUACAAUAUUUAACAUCGUAAAAAUAGACAUACACCAAUAGUUCAAUAUACUAAUAUAAAUAAAUUUACCCGUCUGUCUUUGACAAUUUUUUUCACUGGAGCGCUGCACUAUAUUAUAUAUCCUAUCUAUAUAGGUAAAUUUAUUACCUAAAUAGGCAAUUUUUAGACAAUAACGUGAGUCACAUUAGUAGGCAGAGGGUUUCAAAAACAAUUUUUAUAAAAUCAAAAAAAAACAAAUGCUA